UCUCUAUCUCUCGGCGUAUAGGGGCUGCUCGCUUGCUGCUGCUGCUGCUGCUUCUCGAGACUCGAGACCGUUCACAAGUAGCUAGCCCGUCGCGAGGAGGAGACCACGAGGCAAUAGUCCAGUCUAGAGCGACUCUCUCUCUCUCCGCCUUGUAUAAUCGCGCUCUCGCAGUUUGCUCUCGCUCCGGCUUUACAUCAGCAGCAGGCUACCGUAACGCAACGCGGCAAGGAGGAUACCGGAGCUCGGAGCCCGAGACACACCAGCAGGCCGCGAUCCAACGGAGAGGGACGCUUCUGAAUUUAUCCACCCGAGCAGCGAGCUUUAUUUGCGGGGACCACUAUUGUCCGUCGACUUUUAUCAGAGAGAGAGAGAGAGAGAGAGAGAGAGAGAGAGAGAGAGAACAAAGGAGUAAAAUUAAACCAUGUUUACCAACGAGGCGAGAUGGAAGCACAUGAGCGCGACUCUGUUGCUGCUGCUUUGCUGCACGGUCCGAGCCGAGAACUCGGCGGCGCAACAAGCUCAAAAGGACGCGACGGCGGCGGCGGCGGCGGCUGCUGCUGCAGCCAACUCCGACGACGACAAAACGAACGAGAUUGGCUUCUUCAGGGACGAGCUCGAUAAAUAUUAUCAGCGCCAAGAGAACCCGGCAACGUCGAGGCGUCUCGGCUACUACGAUCCAGCCUCGGUGCUCGUGAGACGUCUGCUCGCCGACGAGAUGAUGGCCAAAAAAGCUCAGCUGCUGCGCAGCUUUCAGCAGCAACACUCGAGCCGAGGAACGAAGAAAAAUGAUUACGACGAGGACGCGCCGCCCGCCGACUACUAUUACACCGUCGGCGGCGGCGGUGGCGGAGAUCUGCCCGCUGAAUUCCGAAACGUCGACGAGGUGCUGGACGAUCUGGCGAAACAGCGAUUAUUGAAGAUGGCCUACUCGUCGUCGGGCCAGCCGAGAGGUGGCAAAAAGCCACUCGGUUACGGCCAACUGAUCGGCGGCGGUAGCAGCGACGACGAUCUCUUGUUCAACGCCUUGGACAGCAACAGCGUGAGCAGGAACAGCAACAACAACGACGAGGACGAGUACCAGCAGAAACGGGCUUACGCGCAGGGCUUCCACAGCGUGAGAGGCCGCCGAAGCGGGCCGAGCUCCUACUACGCCAACGGCAACCUGUUGGAUCAGCUCGACGAGUUCGAGAAGCGCGCCCUGCUGUCGGGCUUUCAAAGCAUGAGAGGCAAGAAGGACCUGGUGCUGGAGGAUCUGCCGCUGGAGCUGGGCCGUUAUGUGGCGGCCAAGCGUCGCAUGCUGGGCUUUCACGGGAUGCGAGGCAAACGAAGCCUCGCCCCCAAUCAUUUAAAAAAGUAAUCGCGCGGACGACUCGAGGGGGUGUGUGCAGAGAAAAAAAACCCCAUCCACCCAGCAGCAGCAGCAGCAGCAGCAACAACAACAGCGACGGAAAAACCACAAUCAACCCAGCAGCAGCGUCGUAUAUAUAUAUAGCUCGAAUAUAAAAUAAAUUCACUCCAUGGAUCCUCUCUUCCACCGAUACUCUAUAUAUAAUAUAUAAUCAUUCGACCAGACUUAUGCACGCGUGUUUUUCUCCGCUGACGAAUGUGUGUGUGACGCAGAUUAUUAUUAUUAUUAUCACAUAGAAAAGAGAGAUUAUAUUUCGGGCAUACGAGAGACGUCUUGUGUGUCCGUCUUCUUAAAUAAGUGUGAGCUAUAGCUGUGAGGUAUACAUGCGAUACGUCUUAAAUCCCUUAUGGCAGUAUCGUCGUAUAUCUCAUUUAUCAAUGUGUGUAAAAUUUCAUCCUUUUCUCAAUUUCCCUUCCUCUCUCUACACUUCGUUCUAUAAAAUUUUUUCCAACCAAUUUUCAUCAUUUUCCUUCCGUUCUUCCUAUCCUUCGUUUUAAUUUUUUUUAAUCCUCUUCGUUGUUGCCUAUUCUUAUAUAAAAAUCAAUAUAUCCUCGUACUUAUAAUGUACCUUUCUUGUGAAAAAUUCGAGUACAAAUUAAACGAAAAAAAAAACGAAAGAAAAAAAGUCCAAUAUAUUAUUUUUACAAAAAUCAUGACAAAGUAUUUAAUGAAAAAUGAAUAUAAAAUGUAAGCUACCCGAUACAAUUAAAUUUUAACGUAAGAAGCGACAGUAUAAUUAAGUGUUAAUGGAUAUAUCAAAUUUCAUGCUAUAUAUAAAUAUAGUUGCGUAAGCAAAAAAUAAAAAUUACAAUUACAAGGAGAGAAAUAGAUAAUGAUUACCUAAGAAAUAAAUAAUUAUAUGAACGAGUCAAGUCAUAUAUAUUUUUCUCUGAUAUGAAUGUUGAACUAUUUGAUAAUAAAAAUUAAUCGAUUGCAAAUUGUUAUGAUAUUAUAUAUCCUUCCGGUAAACAACAAAAAGCUAAAAAUGACUGCUUCGAGGACUUUACUUUACUAUCGUACACCGUACUAAUCCAGAUAAGUCAAUACGCAUACACACGAUGGACUGAAUAAACAUUGAAUACGAAACAAAAAAAUUAAAACCAAAAUUUCAUUAAAGUUAUAUAAAAGAUUACACGAACGACUCUUAUGAUUCCUCGAUAUGUGAUUGUUAAUUGUGUAUUAUUGUUGCGAGCUGACCGUUGGUUGAUGGGAUGAUAUUUUGAACGCGGCUGCUGGCAAAUGGGAUGACAAUUUUUGAUAUUAAUAAAACAAAAUAAUAGCAUUGAAAAUUUAGCGGAUUAAGCGAGAGAGAAAAGCCUAACAAAACAAAAGUAGAUAUAUUAUUGAUUAUUAUUGUAAUUAAAUAAUUUUAAUGAGAUUAUCGCGGAUUUGCCGCCCCUCUAAUUCGGUGGCUCAUAAUAAUUGUUGAUCUUUUAUUAAUUGAAAAUUGCAACGAUGAUCGUGUACGUAUAUCUGUAUAGUUGUAAUAAUAAUAUGUGCAUUUUCCUCGAAAUAUCGUGUAAUAAUGCUAGUGUUUCAUCACAAUACACAAUCUGAUCCGUGUCCAAACAAAAAGUAAAAAAUGAUAAUCUUUGCACUGCUACUUAUUACGCUCUUAUACUGUACUUUUGUCUCUGCGAGCACAUGCACACACGAGCACACAUGUGUUUACUCUUUUACUCGUAUAACGUCACAUUUUUUUCUCUCGGUCGACCGUGCCAAUUUUUCGCAAUAUAAAACCAGAGAAGAUGUAAGUGAUCUUUAGACAUUAACUACUCGAGUUAUUGUACUUGCGCAUUUUUCCAAAAGAUAAAAGAGUUUAUAUAUAUAAACAGAGCAUAGAUCGACUAAAAAUUCUUUGGUUCGAUUGGGUUUUUUGAAUUUACAUGAUAAAUAAAAAGUAACUAGUUAGAACGAAUAUUUGCAGCGAAAUGCGGGCAUUUUGAGGCGAAGAUCGUACACAAUGGGUGUCGCAAUGAGAGAGUAAUUUAUUUUGUAAAGCAUUUAUAAAAUUAGGAAAAAUGUGAGAACUUCAAGAUGUGUAUAUGGCCGUUUUUUUACUUCGCAUAAAUGAUAUAUUUUAUUGUUGAAUUAUCAUUGACGCAGAGAAAUUAAUUCCAAUUUAUUGGUCGAACUGCGCAAGUGGGACGACACGAAUCGGAAUAAUUUUACCAUAAUUGAUUUUUUUCUGGCUAUCAGCAGAUUUUUAAUUUGUAAAGAUAAAAUCUAUGAUCAAUCCUAUGAUGUACUACGUAUAUUUCUCUUCGUUUAAAAUAGUGAUCUACACAAUUUUUGAAAAAAUCUUUAAUUAUAUAA